CGCGUAGUUUAGGUGCCACCCUCUUCUCAGCCCGGGUAUAAAGAGUGAGACGCAACGUUGCCAACAACAAACGCUGCUGACGCUCCUGACCUGCACCGACUCUCAGAGGGAAUAUCCACACCAGUAGGCUACUGUCAAUCGUCUCUCACGGAUUUUCAUUUUUGACUUGCAAACAUGAUUCCAGGGGAAAGCUUCGGGUCCAUCGAGAACAGGAUGCAGUCUGUAGGUCUGGCUCUGGAGGAGUUGCUGGUGACUGCUCAGAAACAAGACUGCCUGACUGUCGGCAUUUAUGAAUCAGCUAAACUUCUUAAUGCAGACCCAGACAGUGUGGUCCUGUGCCUUCUGGCAGCUGACGAUGGAGACGAUGCAGACGAUGUGGCGCUGCAGAUCCACUUUACCCUGCUACAGUCCUUCUGCUGCGAUAGCGGCAUUACCAUCCUGCGAGUCUCAGGCAUUCAGUGUCUCAAGCAGCUGCUGGGUGCUGUGAACGCCAACAGAAACCAGGAAGAGCUCAGAGACCUCCACUGCAUGCUGGUUACGAAUCCCCAGGCGGACCACUGCAGGCUACUAGAGGUGGGGACCUACUGCCGGGAGAGUCAACGCCUUGACCAGUGGGUGCCUGAACUGGUCCUGCAGGAACGCUGAAGGGUCUGACACCCUAAUACACCAACAAACACAAGAGCUUUCGGGGUUCGGAUACUGAUGAACUGAAGGAUCCAUUGUUGCUCAUGCAGGGAUGGCCUGAAGUGGACUGGGACGGGCUAUCCUGACUGAUGACAAGCGGGGACCAAGGACUCCCAUUCCAUGACUAGUCGAAACAGUCAGAGUGGAGACUGUUUACUAUCAAAUCUGCUUUGUGCAAAAGACACAGACAGGAAAGCAGAUUCACAUCCAGACCACAUUGUUUGUACAUUGUCAGUGAAACUAAAUGUGAGCUUCUAUUUGGCUACUUACAAUGUUUAUGGGGUGUGACAAUCAAUAACAGGAGUAGUAGCGUCGAGAGAAAUAUGUCCACACCCCAGCUUGUACCCAGAGGACGUGUGUGUUUCUAAUGAAACUAUGUCCAACAUUCCUGUGGAUUCCGACAUGGGAGAGUCCUUGGAGAGAAGGUGUGUGUGAAUGUGUGGUAUGCUCGUACAAUACCUGUGGUUUUCUUUAGAAAAAACUGGGUUGGCAGCGUGUGCAUUCUUGAAUGAGCAGCUGAACGUGCGGAGGAAUCGUCACCAUGGAAACUGAAAUGGAAAUUGUGUUCAAGUUGGAAGUCAUACAGAAUUUAUUUAUUUCAGGACCAAAGAAAAGGGGGGGCAAUGAACAUGAUGUUUUUGGUCAGGAGUAUAUAGACUGAGCAGAAUAAUGAACUGUCUGAUCUAAUGGAAAAAGUUGUAAAUUCUCAUUGUACUGCAGGAGAAACUACCUAUGCCUAGGAGUGCUGCUUUUUUGAUUAAAUGCUGUUAAAUUCAUAGAAACAGUGCUACACCACUAAUUUAUUGAUUGUAUCACUUGUUUGUGUAUGUAUUCUAAUUUUGUGCUCUGUUAUCUAAGUCAAUAAAUUAUUGUGUUCA